AUGAAUAGAAGUGCGGCAGUCAUGUUCGAGGAGAAUGAAAAGAAAAAGAGGAAGCUCUUUGAGGACGCGCCCAACUACGACGCCAAUUUCUUAUCCAAUUACGUGAACGAGUUUAACAUAAACCACGUUGGGUUCUCCGGGGUGGGCGGCAACGAGAUUAGGAGCAACGAGAUUAGGAGCAACGAGAUUAGGAGCAACGAAAUUCGGAGCAACGAGAUUAGGAGCAACGAAAUUCGGAGCAACGAUAUAUGCGUCGGUCAGGUGGGCGCGAAUCAGCAGUGCGGCGGCACCAUAUGUGCAAACCAUCUAGGGGCGACCCACCUGGGUGUGAAUCAAAACUCAUUUGACCCACAGGCGGAAAGCAGGAAGGAUCACCUCUCCCCCAACGUGUCCAACAACUGCAACAGCGUCCACUUCAACAAAAAUGUACUAAUCAACAGCAUCGAUGUUCUUUUAAAUUUUAUAAAUUACAGCUGCCUCAAUGAAAGCAUAAAGCAUGAAGUCCUUUACGACAAUUUGUUGAAUUUGCGUUUUCAUAUCCUCAGUUUAAAUGACGAAAAAUUUAAUCAGAAAAAGAUAACUGAAUAUUUUUUUAAAAUGUAG